AUGGAAAAUAAUACUACCUCAAGCAAGCUUUACUCAACUUCGACUCCUCACGAGAAAGUCGAGUCUGAUCUUGUAGAGCAAAAUAUUCCUCAAAAGCCGUCGAAAUUGCAGUCCUUAAGAAUGGCCUUGGCGAAAUCGCGCGACUCUUUAAUUAAGGUUCAACCUCAACAGUGGGACGCAAAUCGAGACAAGAAUGAAUCGAAAAUUAUGUUUGAAAAGGCUGCGGUCGCAACGAUUGCAAAAUCAAAGUUUGUCGUUCCUGCAAAAGUACAAAUUAAUUCUUCACGAAUAUCAACAGAUACUGCUGCUAUUUUAUCUGUAUAUUUUGCAUCUCGUUCUCGGCAUUUUUUUUGUUCACAUUGUCCGAUUGAUCCGGAUUUCUCUCCCCCUCGAUCAAAUUUUACGUCAAAUAUAAAUAACGUUAUUGAUGAUGAUCAGCGAUUAGUUCAUUCUCUUAAGCCCUUUAUUUAUUCGUUUUUUUCGACAUCACCUUUUGUAAGCCUAUUUUCAUAUAGCAUUGGAUGUGAAAGUUCAACAGAGAAUAUUGACAGUACGAAAAUAAAUCAUUUAUCACAUAAUGAUACAGAGGAUAUAGAUUUAUCCACAAUAAUACGUACUAAACAAAAUAUCAUUAACAAUAAUGUUACUCGAAAAGGUAAUCACCGUAAUAUUUCAUUAGGAAAGCAGUCAAGUUUUUCAAUGCAAGGAUCAUUCACAAAAGGAUCAAAUACAUUCGAAGAAGCAAUAAAUUUAGUAAAUGAUAACGCAUCAGUCACAUCAGCAUCAAGACCAAUUAUAUCGCAAAAUGAAAAUUAUGUAAAUUCAUCUCAAUCAAUAAAGGAUCCAAUUUUAUCACACUCAGAUCGUAAGGAUAAUAAUAAUACUUCAUUAUUAGAUGGUAACGAGGAACAAUUAUUAAACCAAUUAAGUUUAAAAAUAUUAACACUGCCACUUCUUCGUCAAGCUAUUAUAAGUACAUAUCAUCAAAGUGAUUCAAUUGAAUAUAAUGAAUCAAAAAUUAUGAAACAAGGAUAUUUUAUUUUUAAAGAUUAUAUUGAAGGAAAAAGAGAUAAAUCAAAAUCAUUUGGGAAACAACGACAAUCCGGUGUUAUUCGUGGGAAUCCCAAGUUUUUACUUAACACUAUAAAAACGGUAUUUUCAUCUCGUGAGUCUUUGGAUCAGAGUUUCAUGGAAACCACAACACAAUAUUCACAUCCAUCAAAAAUUGAUUUCGGAUCUUUAAGAACAUCAUAUAAAUUAAUUCUAGAUCUUCGCCCUCAUGAAUUAUUUGCAUCAACCUUAUCAAAUGCCCUUGAAGUUCUAUUGGCUAGAAUUGAAAUGGAUCCUCAUAUAUUAGAAAGAGACGAAGGUUCAUUAAGACAAUUAUUCAUUAUAAUGGAAUGUCCUUUAUUAGCAAUGUCUGGUGGAAACGUUAAUCUUUCUGUGACCCUUGUUAAAAGAUUAGUGAGAAUAUUAGGAAAUAUAGCUGAUUUACGAGGAAAAGCUCAAAAUAGAUUAAUUGGAUUGUUUUCGAAAUAUGAUGUAGAAGGUUUUAGUAAUAUUAUUCAUAUUCUUCAUCGUUACCUUGAUGAUCAUUAUCACCCUCCUCCUGCUUUAGUCUCGCAAGAAGUGGUUGCAACGGUCAAAACGUUGGCUAUGCUAUAUGAAGCAAAUGAAAAAGCUGAACCAAGAACGAUUGUUCCUUAUACUUUGUUUUAUAACAUAUGUAUGUGUGAAAAAUUGAAUAUCAAAGAAGAAUAUAAAAAUUGGCGUAAAUCGUUGGAGGAAAGUAGCUUGCGAUUAACCCCUAACCGACCAUUUUCGUUUUUGAAUUAUCCAAUAUUGUUUGAUCCUGUCGUUAAAUCUCAUCUAAGCAGAAUUGAUGCUUUGUGUCAAAUGGCACUUAAUUAUGAGGAUUCAUGUGUGCAUCAUACAUUUUAUGUACAAUCACAACGAUAUCUUACUGAUAAUAAUCAGGUUUUUCGUGCACUUCAAGAAAGAACCAUACCAGGACUUUAUUUUGAGGUACGCCGUGAAUAUUUGGUAAAGGAUGCGUUAGAUCAAUUGAUUGUAAAACAACUUGAUCUAAAAAAACCACUGAGGGUUAAAUUCAUUAGCGGAGAGGAAGAAGCUCAAGACCAAGGUGGUAUUCAAAGAGAAUUUUUCCAAGUUCUUUUGGAGAAACUUUUAGAUCCUGAUGCUGGUAUGUUUUUGUACGAUGAACAAACAAGAUAUCAUUGGAUUAAUGGUGCAUCAUUGGAAAAUGAACGAAAAUUUGAACUUGUCGGCAUCACUUUGGGGGUGGCAUUAUUCAAUGGAAUUUUGGUGGAUAUAAAUUUACCGAGAAUUUUGUAUAAAAAGUUAUUGAAUUACUCUAUUAACCUGGACGAUAUGAAAGAAGGAUUUCCGGAUCUAAGUAGAGGCUUAGAAAAAAUGCUUACCUGGGAGGAUGGAGACGUUUAUGACGUAUUUCUUCGUCAUUUUGAAAUUUCAUAUGAUGUGUACGGUGAGGAUCGUGUAUUCCCACUCAUAGAUGGGGGAAGUCAUAUAAAAGUGACAAACAAAAAUCGUAAAGAGUAUGUAGAAAAUUAUAUCAAUCAUUUUACCAAUAAGUAUAUAGAGAAACAAUUUAAUGCAUUAAAAAGAGGAUUUUUGAGGAUGAGUGAUGGAAUAGUUCCAAAGUUAUGUCGGGCUGAAGAAUUGGAGUUACUUAUUUGUGGAAAUAGAGUUCUCGACUUUAAAGAAUUAGAAAAAACUGUAAGAUAUGAAGGUGGUUUUGAUAGGAAUCACCAUACAAUAAAGAAUUUUUGGUCUGUAGUUCAUAAUUUUUCUCAUCAACAAAAAAAGCAAAUAUUAGCAUUUGUUACUGCUAGUGAUCGUGUUCCAAUUAGAGGAUACAGCGAUAUGUCAUUCACCAUUCAAAAAAAUGGACCCGAUUCUGACAGAUUACCAACUGCUCAAACAUGCUUCGGUGUUCUGUUACUUCCUGAUUACAAUACAAAAGCGAAACUCCGGGAUCGACUUCUAGUUGCAAUACAAAAUGGAAGAGGUUUUGGUUUCGCGUAA